UAUUACAAAAAACUUAGAUGUCAGCUUUAAGAGAACAAUGAAAUAAUAUAUAUGUCAAUCAUCUCAUCUAGGUCGUUCCAUAGGAUGCCCCCAAACUGUUUCCACACGUUUUCCCCAUUCAUCUCCUGUACCCCUUCCAUACCAGUAUCCUCUAGCAUAUUUUAUCUUGUGUAGAUUGAAUAAUCAAUAUUUAUUGCAUGGAAUUAUAAUUUAGAAAUAUUAUCAGUUUCAAUUACUUUUCCAAAAUAAACUAAAGUAUAAAAGACAUAAGACAUUAAAUAGCAUGAAUAAUAUUUCAUUCGAUAUUAAUUAUUGGCAUUAAAUAUUCAACCUCACUACAAAGACUACUUGAAUUUAGAGGUUUAAAGAGAAAUACUUCUUCAGAAAAGAUAAUCCUCUUAAAAUGUUUGUCAAAAGUAUUCAAUAGUAAAUUGUUGAUGUCAUAAGAGAAAGUGAAAUAAUUCUUCUUUGUUUAUUUUUGGAACAGUGGAUCUUGAAGCCGAUGACAAAGCUAUAAAUGAUAGAGUGUGAAUAUUAGGUUAAAACACUUUUUCUUUUCAAAACCUUUUUCAGACAUGGCUGUGUGGUAAGAAGUUUGCUUCCCAGCCAUGAGGUUCCUGGUUCAGUCCCACUGUUUUACGCCUUAGGCAAGUUGUCUUCUACUAUAAUCUAGGGGCCCACCAAAGCCUUGUGAGUGGAUUUGGUGGACAGAAACUGAAAGAAAUCUGUCGUGUGUGUGUGUGUGUGUGUAUAUAUAUAUAUAUAUAUAAAUCACAUAUAUAAAUCACAUACCUCCCACCCACUUUCCCAUGAAAUGGUUAGGGCCUGGAAUCUUCCAAAGAGAUGCAUGAAAUGUCACUUAGUCAAAUUAGCCUAUCAUUUACUCCUCAAAUGUUUUGUCAUCAAUGCUGCACUUCCCUGUAUCAUGUUUCAACUUAAGUGUACCAUAUGUGUGCACUAUGCAGUUUAAAUCCUGAGCAACACUAGGUAUGUCUGCUAAUACAUACAUACAUACACACACACACACACAUAUAUAUAUAUAUAUAUAUAUAUAUAUAUAUAUAUAUAUGCACACACACACACACAUAUAUAUAUAAUGUAUGUACAGGGUGUGAUGGGUAAAUUGUUGCCAUUUUAUAUUUUUAAUAUCACACAUGCACAUUGUUUUUGAUUUUGUCAUCUACACAGUAUAGUAGGAUUAAUUGGGCACUGUCUGUGAGAAAGACAGCACCAUGCCGCAGUUCACUCUGCCAGUAAUUUGGAAAUGACAUGCUGUACUGUUUGGCAUUCACACUAGAAGCUCCAGUAUAAAUAUUUCAGAGUGUUUGAGUGUCAAUAUGUGGACCAUGCAAUCAAAAGAUGUGUACUGAGAACGAUAAAAAUCAAACAUCCAAUCAACAUCAUGGUGUUUGGAGUGAUCACUAGUGAUGGCAAAGUUAUGCCUCCAUCUUACCACAUCGCCUCACACUCAACACAGAAGCCUACAUCAAGUGCCUGCAGGAGGUAGUGCUGUCCUGAGUCAAGUGGGUGGCUAGGGUUAGGGAAGACCCUAUGUCUGUGCAACAGGACACUGCAAUAUGCCACACAACCAGGAGAACCCAGUCAUGGCUGUCAGGCAAUUUCUGUAACCAUACCACCCCUAACAUCUGGCCACCUAACUCCCAGACUGCAACCCCCUUGAUUAUGUGUGGGGCACAGUUGAGCAAGAGACUAACAAAACUCCUUGUAAAACCAAAAUGAACUAAAGGCAAGGAUUAUGGCAGCAUUAACCAACUUAAACAAGGAAACUGUCCAGAAGAGUUGUAGGAGAUUCCAAAGUCGUUUGGAGGCCGAGGUUGAACUCAAUGGCGAUUUUAUUGAAUAAAUUUACUCUUUAGUAUUUCAAGAUAUUUUAAUGUAAGUUUGGUAAAUAUAUCUGUUACAAUGAAAUGUCAAUGUUAUUUCCAUUUUUGAGUAACUUAGACAACAAUUUAUUCACCAUAUCCUGUAUAUAUUUAUGUGUGUAUGUGUGUUUGUCUCCACCCCAACCCACUAUGGCUUGACAGCUGAUGCUGGUGUGUUUAUGUCCCUGUAACUUAGCAGUUUGGCAAAAGACACCAGUAGAAUAAGUACUGGGGUUGAUUUCAUCGAUUAAAACCCUUUAAGGUGGUGCUCCAGCAUGGCCACUGUCAAAUCUCUAAAACAAGUAAAAUAAUAAAAGAACACUAUUAGUUAUAGCUUUAUCAACUGCUUUGAGAUUCCUUGUUCCAAAAAACAGUAUUACUUCAAUAGUAAAUGCUUGCAAUAUAUAUUGUUAUAGUACAUUUGUAGAAGUAAUAUCAUAAAUAUCACAAGCUUGAUAGUUUUUAUUAGGAUUUUAUCAUAUGAUCAAGUGUAAGGUUUUCAUUAAAACUUCCUUUAUUUAGUUAUAAAUAGUAUAUAGUUUAAUUUUUGAAAUGUAUGCAAAAUGACUGAUUAAUUUCCCUCCUUAUUAAUGUGUGUAGUUUAAUAUGAUUAUUAUAAGUGAUCAGAUGUGAGACUUUAUAUUUACUUAAAUGUUUGAGUAAAUAUAUAAUUGUAGGAUUUUUUAAAUAUUUUGUUAUGGAGAAUAUUGUCAUAUAUGUCAUAUAGUCUUCAUUAGCUGAUUACAUUUUCUAGAUCAGUCUUUAAACACGAGGAAUCAUUCUUCCCUCAUGUAGAAAUAUAUUAAGCUUCAAACAUUAUGAGGAUUCCUUUACUGAGAAUAUUACAAAAACAAUACACUUCGGUAUUGUUAUUCUUCAUUUGCUCACUUAAUUGGAAAAAAUAUAAGAAUGAACUAGAAUAUUGUUUUAAUUUGGAGAAUAUGAUGAUAUAUAUACACACAUAUAAUAUUACAAACAAUAUACAAAUAAUGUAAAUAUCAUUAUAUUGGAUUGAGUUAAUAUUUUACACAAUGCUAAAUUGGAAUUGUUAUAAAACCACCUAAAAUUCUUUUAUAUUUGAUUGUAAUUAAUUUCUUAUUUAAAGACUUGAUUUUGUAUGUUAAAAUUAGUUUGAUAAUUCAGAAUAGUGUAUAUAAAUUACAUUCAUAAUACUUCCUAUUAAUUUUAGCACCAUUUUGUUACAUAUACUAAGUAUUGUUAAUGAGAAAUUAAAAAUAUUUGAUCCUGAAAACUUGCAAACAUUUAAUUUAGUCAUAAAACAUUUUAUUCUUAAAACAGGUAUAUAUAUUCAAUACUAUUACCCAAAUAGAAUUUAUUACCUAUCGUUGAAAUUCUAGAUAACCAUCAUUCUUAACUAUUCAUUUAUGUACAUCUCACAUACAACUAUAACAUGGAUAUGUAAGUGUAUGUGGUCAGCCCAUCAUUUACUGCAAGAACUGGAGGCUGUACUUUUGUUUCCUUGCAUUGGAAUAAUAGCUUGUCAUUGGCUACAACACACAUUACAUACUACACAAAAAACUUGAUAGAACUACUUAAUACACCCAUACAUCAAACUACUCGGAACUCCAGCUGCAACUUUGCUACCAGUACAUGAAAUAGUAACAGCUGUAUAAACAACAGACAAUUGUUGAUUGGCAAAUCCUAUACUAAUGAAGAUGUUAUCAGUAAUACUGUUGGUGUUGUUAAUGGCUGACAGCUGCUGGUGUGUGGAUCAUAUCUACCAUGUGAAAGAGAACAAUGACACACACAGCUAUAUUGGAGAUAUUGUCACUGAUAUACAGUUACUGGAUGAUAAACAGACUCAGGAUGAUAGCAACAAACUGACAUUUAAUAUACUCCAGGGUAGCACUGAUGAAAGUGUUCAGUUAUUUAAUGUUACACCUGGAGGAAAACUGUACACAGCUGCCAUAUUGGAUGCAGAAAUUCUUUGUCAAUAUAAUGUGGAAUGCUUCAGGAUAUUGGAAAUAACAGCUCACCAUGGUCAUUCUUUUACCAAAAUAUUAGAACUCAAAAUUAUAAUAGAUGAUAUCAAUGAUAAUUAUCCUACUUUCCAAGAGAAGGAAUUUCAAGUGUCAUAUGAUGAAAGUGUGACAAAAGGAAUCAAAGAAAGAAUUCCAUAUGCAACUGAUAAAGAUAUAAGUUGUCGGAAUUCUAAACUCAAUUAUCAACUGAAGGAAAAUGAAAAUGUUCCUUUUCAAUUGAAUGUUUCUAAGUCAGGUGAAACUGAUUUAUUGCAUCUAAUUUUAGUAGGUUCCUUAGAUCGUGAGACAAAAGACAUGUACAAUAUUCAGUUAAUUGCCACAGAUGAAGGAUCUCCACCAAACAAAGGUGUAUUGGAUAUAAAAAUAUUAGUGAAAGAUAAAAAUGAUAAUCUCCCUGUUUUCUCCCAGGAUAAUUAUAAUGUCACUGUAAAUGAUACAUACCAGAGAAACAAGCCUCUUGUUAGGGUGUCUGCUUCAGACUUAGAUAAAGGGGAAAAUGGAAGAAUUUCUUAUGUCUUUAAUAUUGCUAAAACACAUGAAAGGAUAAAAGAAAGCUUUAAAUUAGAGGAGGCAACAGGAGAGCUAUUUUUGAAGAAAGAAUUUAAUUUUGGUGAAAUUUAUGAGAUAUUUAUUGAUGCCAGAGAUAAUGGUACUCCUUCAAUGUCAUCAACAGUCACAGUUUUUAUAAAUGGAAUCAGUCACAUUAACAAUCCACCAAACAUUGAUGUCAUAUUUGUCUUAAAGUCAACUGGAAACACAACUGUCAUCUCAGAAGCAACUCAAAUUCAAAGUUUUGUUGCUUCUGUCAAAGUUACUGACAAUGACAGUGGAGCAAAUGGACAAGUGAAGUGUCAUUUACAAAAUAAAUACCUGCAGCUAAUCUCAGAGUCUGUAAAGAAAUACAAAGUUGUUGUCAAGAGUGAAAUAGAUAGAGAGAGGGAAAAGAGUUUUAAUUUCACCAUUAAAUGUCAAGAUAAUGGCUCACCUCCAUUGACACUAGAGAAAGAGUUUUCUAUGCUGGUUACUGAUAUAAAUGACGUACAACCUCAGUUUAGUCAGGACAUAUUUAAGUUUCUCACCUAUGAAAAUGAACACAAAGACUUCCCUGUUGGAUAUGUCAAUGCUACAGACCCAGAUAUUGGAGAUGGAGGACAAUUAACCUAUUCUCUAUUGACAAAUGGAAAGGAAACUCUACCAUUUCAGAUAUCUGAUGUGGGAUUUAUUUCCACAACUGAGUCACUAGACAGAGAAGAAAAGAAAGUGUAUGAGUUUAAGGUUUUAGUAAAAGAUAAAGGAACACCAUCACUGGAGAACACAGCAAAUGUUGUUGUUGAGGUUAUGGAUUUAAAUGAUAAUGCUCCCUAUUUCAGUUUCCCUAAUGUUGACCCUUUCAGUCUUAAUGUCCACUACCAUCCCAACACUGAUCAUGAUAUCACAGUUGUUAGGGCCUCUGACAGAGACAGUCAACACAAUGCCUUCCUCACAUAUGAAAUACUCAGAGGUAAUGAGAAACACUUAUUUCAAAUGAACCAUCACUCUGGUGUCUUAUCUUUCUCUCGCUCACCUUACCAAAAUGAUGCUGGAUUCUAUGAACUGGAACUAGGUGUGAAAGAUAGUGGUAAUCCAGUUCUGUCAUCAACAACAAUGUUGUCUUUGACUCUAACAGUUAGUAACAACACAUCAAAGAUAUUUAAGACCCCUUCAAAGACAACAACAGAAUCAAGUAAUGGUCUCCAAUUGAAUGUGAUGAUUAUUAUUGUUAUAGCAGCUGUGAUCGUAUCUGUUGUUAUAGUGAUCUCUAUAACAUUCUGCGUACUUCAUAGACUAAAUCAUACCGAUAGCAACUAUGAUAAUAGUAUUGAUAUGAACCAUGGUGUUAUACCCACAUUAAAUAUGCAAUCAAGAUAUAUGUUUUAUCCUGCUUGUGUUCCACCUGGCAUUUCAUACACAUUGGAAAGAAAUGUGAAGAAAUAUCAACAACCAAUGGUAGACAGAGAAAAUAUUCACUGCUGGACUAUGCCAUAUGAUAGACAGGUUGAACCAGCUUCAGUAAAACAUCAACAGGUGUUUCUCCCAAGAGAAGAAGAUCCAUCUCCAGGUUACAAAGAGCUAAACAGAACUAACCAAUUCAGUGAGAUAUCAGCAAUGUCCACUGAUACUGAUAGUCAGCAUGGCUUGGUUGUUGGUAGUGCUGGUCACUAUGAGGAACUGCCAGGUCUGUACUGUUAUCACACGCUCAGCAGUUCAAAGGAAGAUAAUAAUGGAUAUCAACCUAAUGGUGACAUUAACACUGAUAACCAAAUACCGUUGACUAUAUUUGAUAAUACAUCUAAAAUAAUUGAACAACCAUCUACUGUACCAAUGACAAGUAACUUUACUUUGAACAGUAAACCAGCACUACUAGCUGUACCUAAAGCAACAACACUACCAAAAGUACCUUCAAUACCUCAGGUACCUUCAUUUUCCAUAGUAAAAAAUAUACACAGUAACUCUAUGGAAACACUGUAAUAAUAUAAGCAUCUUGUAAGUUGUCUUCACAACUUACAUAAUGAAAAUAAUACAAAUAUCAAUAGAAUAUUCCUCUAAACAUAUUUUAUAAUACAAGGAUUCUUUUUAUUUGGAUUGACAUGCUAGUGAUCAAUGUAUAUUACAUACAACUACAUAAUUCACUUAUAUUGUUAAUGUAGUUAAUCUCCUUCCCAUACACUUGAAAUACACUGAUAUAUUUCAUCUCGUGUUCUUUUGGUUGUUAUAGUUACAAUGUAUCAUCCAGUAUUCUUCACAUGUCUGUCAUAUUCAGUAAGGAGUAUAGGCUUAGAUUCUUUUCAUUUUGUUGUCCACUCCAUGAAUAUUUCAUAUUUGAUGUAUUCCUGAAAUUCUGGAGAUGACAUUGAAUAUGCUAGGCUCCUGAAGAAGGCCAGGGGCUGCAAUGACUGAAAUGCAGUCACUAUAACAUCAGAAAUUCACACAAAAAUAUAAGAAAUGGACUUUAAUGAAUACACUGACUAUUUUUUAAUUAGUCAUUAAAGAUUCACAGAGAUUUUCAGUCAGAAAGUAUGCUAGCCCAUCAAAUAGCCUGAAGAAGAAAAUUUGUAUGAGUAUAUUUGUAGAAAUGUGAUUAUAGACAUUAUCUUGAUAGUAAUAUUUAAGGAUUUAUAUUAGAUUAGUUUUCAUUAAAGCAUUGAAGCA